AUGUCUUCCACCUAUACCGUCACAGACUACCUUCUCGACAGGGCCAACAUCCACGACACCGUAACUAAGCUGCCCUGGUACUACGACACCCGCUCGGAAGCCGGCCUCCUGAGCGAAGUCUUCGCCCCAGAGGUCCACAUAGACUACACCAGGAUCCUAGGCAGCGAGCCUUCCACCGUCGCCGCGACCGAGUGGGCGCCACAGGUCGUCAGGAUGUGUGAGCACUUUGACUCUUCGCAGCAUAUAUAUGGAAACCUCAUCAUCGAGCUCCCCCAGCCCAACACCCCAAACCACCCCGACAAAGCCAAAGUCCUGGUAUCCCAAGCCGGAGCGUCCAUGGUCCGCGCCGCUGCAGAAGGGGGACCACUUCUUCAAAACGGAUGUUGCCUCUCCGCCCUCAAAUGGUGA